GCUGCUGCCUGUGUGUAUUGUAAUAGGAAAGCCGGUACCUGUUUAUGGUGUGCAUACAGGGUCGUUUCCCCGGCAUGCGGAUUCCACACGGCAGUGAUCAGUCGGGGGCCCCAUAUCAUCCACCUGUGCCCUCUAGGAGCUGACAGAGCCUCAUCACUCCUGGGUUUAUCACAGCCUUCUCCGUCUUUACAUAUUACCCCUGUCUAUUGGGCACCUGUCCCACUGUUAACUGGAAAACAUGCUCAACGUCCCGUCUACCUCCUUUCCUGCCCCCAGCUCCCAGCAGAGGGUGGCUACACUUGGUCGAAGUAAGGUGCCACUGAAGCCAGGACGGAGUCUUAUGGAUUGGAUCCGAUUGACCAAAAGUGGUAAAGACUUGACUGGACUAAAAGGAAGAUUAAUUGAGGUUACAGAAGAAGAGCUUUCAAGACACAAUAAAAAGAAUGACUGCUGGAUGUGUAUAAGAGGUUUGGUGUAUAAUGUCAGUCAAUACAUGGAGUAUCAUCCUGGGGGCGAAGAAGAGUUGAUGAGAGCGGCUGGAGCUGAUGGAACCAAGCUUUUUGAUCAGACUCAUCGCUGGGUGAAUUAUGAUUCCAUGCUUAAAGAAUGUCUCAUUGGAAGAAUGGCUGUAAAACCGAUUUCUAUAUCCAAAGGUACACUUACUCAGGUUAAAGUUCCACAAGCAACAGAUACAGAAUUUCGACCUAGGUAUGACUGGUUCCAAACAGAUUCUGCAGUUACUGUAGUUGUGUACACCAAGCAGAAGAAUAUGGGUUUGGACUUGGUCAUUGUUGAUUAUAAAGAAAAUGUCCUGAGAGGAGAAGUAAUCCUAGGAGAUUUUUCUUAUCUUUUACUCAUUGAGUUGAACCAUGAAAUACAGAAGAAAAUUGAUGUUUGUGUCAGUGCAAAAGCUGGGAAGAUUGAACUGGUGCUGCAGAAGAGAGAAACUAAAGUCUGGAAAACAUUGGGACAAUAUUUGGAAGGACAUGACUCUUUUAUUAAAAGUUUCCAAAGAGGACGUUUUUAUAGAAAAUGCAGACUGGCUUCUAAAAUUGCUGUAAAUUACAAUACACAGCUUUUUUGCUUUGAACUACCUAAGGGCUGUAAUUUUCCUGUUCCUGUGGGACAUCAUGUCUACAUUAAGCUACCCAUUGCAGGUGUAGAAGUAGUAAAGCCAUAUACACCAGUGUCCCACUCUUUAAUGUUGGAUCCUAAGAAUAAAUCAAUUUGUGAAAACCAAUGCAUAUACUUAAUGGUAAAAAUCUAUCCAGAGGGAAGUUUUUCUCCACAGCUUGAUCAGUUGUCAAUAGGUGAUUAUAUCGCAGUAAGCGGCCCUCAAGGGAAUUUUCAAAUGUCUCAAAUUGAAAAGGUGGAAGACAUAUUUUUUCUGGCAGCAGGGACAGGUCUUACGCCAAUGGUUAAACUAUUGAGGCAUGUUUUAAGCUACCAUCAUAGCCUCAGAAAGGCUAAAAUGCUAUUUUUCAACAAAACAGAAGAUGACAUAUUAUGGAGAGACCAAAUUGUGGACCUGAGUUUGACAAAUGAACGGUUUGAAAUUCAGUUUAUCCUCUCUGAGCCCAGUGCGAAAUGGAAUGGAUGCAAAGGACGCAUAUCAUUACCCUUUCUGUCAGAGACCAUUACAAGAAGUGAGAGGGAAUCAAAAGUGCUAAUUUGCAUUUGUGGUCCAAAUGGAUUUGUUGACCAAGGGAUAAGGUUUCUACAAGAUCUUGGCUUUUCCUCUGAAGAAGUAUUUGUUUUCAGAGAAUAAAUCUGUUCUUCCACAAAAUGCACUUAACAAAGUGACCUAGUCAACCGCAUCAGAUUUGGACUAUGCAUUUACUGUGGUGUUUGGUUGUAUAUGAGGAGUAUAUGAAUAUACUUACCAGGAACAAGCAAGAACCUUUGA